AUGACAGGUUUCGCCUUUCCCGACUGGGCCUACAAGCCUGAGUCGAGCCCGGGAUCACGGCAGAUCCAGCUGUGGCACUUCAUCCUGGAACUGCUGAGGAAAGAGGAAUACCACGACGUCAUCGCGUGGCAGGGUGACUACGGCGAGUUUGUCAUCAAGGAUCCGGAUGAAGUGGCCCGGCUAUGGGGGGCCAGGAAGUGUAAACCUCAAAUGAACUAUGACAAACUGAGCAGGGCACUGAGAUACUACUACAACAAGAGAAUCCUCCACAAGACCAAAGGCAAGCGGUUCACGUACAAAUUCAACUUCAAUAAGCUGGUGCUGGUCAACUACCCCUUCAUUGACAUGGGCUCUACUGGAAACAAUGUGCCUCAGAGCGCCCCGCCCGUCCCUUCCGGUGCAGGGACCCACUUCCGGUUCCCUCCCUCCACACCCUCGGAAGUCCUCUCCCCGAAUGAGGACCUCCGCAGCCCGGGCAGCCUAUACAGCUCGGUGGCCCGUCGCGUGGCCCGCGGUUCCGUGAGUGACUGCAGCGACGGCACCUCCGUCAAUUCCGAGAUAGAGGACGGCAUUACGGGUGGCGGGGAGGAGAGGGCGGAGAGGAGUGUGGGUGGAGGAGGAGGGCCCCCGGGUGGAGGCUACAGAAGCAUCAUUCACCCCCGCUUGUCUCACGAAGCUCUGUUCCGUUUAUAUGGAGGAGCAGUCAACCCAGGUGCUCACCCGGGAGCCCGUGGCCACGCCGGACACCGUAUCCACCCAGAACCUUUGUCCCCCUUCCCCGUGUCCCCCCUGCCUGGGCCUGGUGGACCGGGCCUCCUUGCCCCGCCUUUGUCCCCAGCUCUCAGCAUGACUCCCGCGUCCCACCUCCCUUACACUCCCUCCCCCACGCUCUCGCCCAUGCUGGGCUCCCACUUCUCCUUCAACCCAGAGGACAUGAAGCGCUACCUUCAGGCCCACACGCAGUCUGUGUACAACUAUGGGCUUAGCCCCCGGGCUUUCCUACAGUACCCCAACAUCGUCAUACCACAGCCUCACCGGCCUGCCGCUGACAAGGUGGGUCUAGGCGGCGACCGUGGCGCGGCGGAGCGGGCCGAGAGAGAACGAGGUGGUGAGCGGCAACAUCACGCCCCGCUGUCUCACUCCCACCACCACCAUCCGCACCAGCCUCACUCCGCCCACCCUCACCCCCAUUCCCACCCGAUGCAUCACACGCUUCAUCUGGGCGAGGAGCCCCCGCACAUGUCCCCAUUCAAAUUUAAGCUGCAGCCUCCGCCGCUGGGCCGCAAGCAAAGGGAAGGGCAGUGCCAGAGCAAAGCUCGGCAGAGCUCGUUGUCCUCCGGCUCGGGGUCAGGGUCCAUAUCAUCCACCUCAGGCCUGGGCUCCUCGCUCUCGUUCGGCAGUGACCUGAGCUCGGCCAGCGGCUCGGGCCUCAUCUCUGCGUCGUCCUCCACGCAGUCGCUCAACAGUGCAGGACUUCCCAAGAUCAAGGUGGAGCCCAUCUCGGACAUCGAAUCGGAGGAAGAGGUAGAGGUGACUGACAUCAGUGACGAAGACCCCGACGAACGAGAAGAAGACUUUGAGCUCUUUGCGCAUCAUCUAUCUAGAGCCCCGAAUCACAAUCACCGCCACCUCAUCUCCAACGGCUUGGCCGCCCACUCGUCACUCCCUGACGAGGACCUGGACGAGGACGUUUUCAAAGCCCCCGCCCCGCCCCCCUCCGGCCUAAUGCCAUUCUUGGCGUCGCAACACGGUUACUCCAACGCCCACCGCGGGUCGACCAUCUUGAAAACUGAGCCCAGUGAGCCCGCGGACGAGAGUCCUCCCCCACAUCCGCCGCCUCAAACCAAGUGCAUCCCCCUCAAGCUACGCUUCAAGAGGCGCUGGAGCGAAGACCAGCGCAUGGAGGCCUCGCAGGAGGAGUCCGACGACAAGAAAGUCCGACCGCAUGAGCAGAGGGACCGGCAGAGCGACCGGCACAUGGAAACGGAGGACGACGGGUCUGGAGAUGGGGAUGGCCACCCUCUGUCAGCCUACCAGAACUCCACAGUCCCGCCAUUACCCGCGCAUCGACGAGUGAGCGCAGAGCUCCAUCGGGCCACGGCGCAACUGUCUCUGGAGAACAAAGACUGCUGA